AAUUUCCCCCAAAAAUCGCUAAUCAGAUUUCCUUUUUACCGUGCACUGUAACGGGGGACAAAGCAAGAGUGGGGUGUCCCUAUGGUAUAAAGGGGAACCGGUCCACACACGAGGUAAUCGUUCCCACUCCGUUGUUCAUUUACCGUCUCUCGAGUUCGCCGCUCCGCUCAUUUCUCUUUCCGCAACAAUCCGAAAGUCAUCGCCGCCGCGAUCGUUUGCACGUCGAGUGUUUUACUUGUGCCUGCGAAUUACUGUACACCAGUUAAGAUGCUGCUCAUACAGCCUUCGGAAGAAAUGUCUAAGCAGAUACGAGUGGAGUUGAACGAGAAUGUGGCGACGCGCGAUAAGGAUCUCGAAAUUAUCAAAGAAUGGCUCGCAAGCUGCCCCCAUUUACCCAAGUUCAAUGACGAUCAAAGAAUAAUGACGUUUCUACGCGGGUGCAAGUUCUCUUUGGAGAAAUGCAAACAGAAGCUGGACAUGUACUUCACGAUGCGCGCGGUAGUUCCCGAAUUUUUCUCCAAUCGCGACAUCACGAGGCCGGUGAUGCAAGAAAUAGCGAAGCUCAUACAUGUACCUCCUUUACCGGGCUUGACGGCGAAAGGAUGUCGAGUGAUCAUUAUGCGAGGAAUCGAUAAGGACGCACCAACUCCCAACGUACCGGAAGCUAUGAAGAUGGUGUUCAUGAUCGGGGAUAUUCGCCUGAGGGAGGAGGAACACGGCGUGGCCGGCGACGUCUACGUCCUCGACGCUGCCGUCGCGACGCCCACGCACUUCGCCAAAUUUACGCCGGCAGUGGUGAAGAAGUUUCUGGUAUGCGCGAUGGAGGCGUAUCCGGUGAAGCUGAAGGAAGUGCACGUGAUAAACGUCAGCCCGCUCGUCGACACGAUCCUCAAUUUCGUCAAGCCGUUCCUGAAGGAGAAGAUACGCAAUCGCAUCUUCCUGCACAGCGACAUCAAGACGCUGUACGAUUACAUACCCCGGGAGAUAUUGCCGGCCGAGUACGGGGGCGACGCCGGACCCAUCCAGAAUAUACACGACAUGUGGAUGAAGAAAUUAGAGGAAUACGGGCCGUGGUUCGCUGAGCAGGAAGCUAUGAAGACUAACGAGGCCUUGCGACCAGGUAAACCAAAGACGCAGGAUGACCUGUUCGGUCUCGAUGGAUCCUUCCGGCAGCUGACGAUCGAUUAGGUCGUUUAACGCGUUCACGGAGUCAUUCUGACGUAAUCGUCGCCAACGGCAGUCGUUAACUAGACCGUUCGUCCGCGUAAAUUUCGACGUUGACCGAUCGUAAAUUCCGUCCACGGUGAAAACUAACGAGAUACUUUCCCUUCGAACGACUACAAUUGCAAAUUUUUGUACGGAUUGGUGUCCGAAUAUCGAGCACUUUCAAAAUAAAAAUUUGUAAAUAGUUACGAAAAUAUAUUUUUAUCGAAAAGCUUGCCAGAAAAAUGACAGAGACGACUUAUUAUUGAUAAUAUAUUGUAUUUUUUAUCAUUUUUUUAACGCGAUAGUUUAUUUAUUUCUAAUUGUGGACGUUACGUCAUUGAUUACAAUCGAUUAGACGUAAGUUCAAAGAAUCUAAGGAAACAAAGUUCAUAUUUUAUAUAGAUAUUUUUCUCUUUGUUCAUCUUUUGUUCUUUUCGUCAAUUUUUUUUUCUAGAUAAUACCGUUUGUAUUUUAAUACAAAUGCAUACGUAGAAUACUCGAAUUUUAAGUUUUUCUUUGAGGGAUUUGUGUAGUAAAAUGAUACUUUAUAUGUGAUCCUACGACAAAACGAUAAGAGAGGCGACCGUAAAUCGAAAAAUUAUGGAAAUUGGAUUUUAUCUUCUAAAUUAACAAAUAAUUAAGUUCAGAGGUUUUAUUGCCAAACUUAAUAUUUCCCGAAGAUAAUAUCUCAAUAUAGAAAUAUUGUGAUACGACGUUUAGUCAAGCAGUAUAUUAGAAUGUACCGCACUUAUAUGUAUAUGUACAUGCGCAUGUAAUUAAGUUUAUAUUGUCACUAACACAAUCAUGUUAUUAUUAAAAUAUGCGAUAAUGUUCGGAAAUCGAGUGAAAUCGAGCGAACGCUCAAUUUCGCAGUGAGUAAAUGUAGUAACAUAAAAAAAACUCUAAUACUUUUGUAAAUUUUUUACUUGAAUCACGAUCGAUUGCGUGCAAACUCGGCAAACGUGCAAAAAUGUGGCACACUGAUGAUAUACCUAUUAUUUACGUGAUAUUUUCUGAUAUUUCAGAUAUUCUGUAUUGAUUUUUCAUUUUGAGAAAUCAUGAAUAAAAUCUUUUAGGAUGAAACAUGUGUGUAAUUGUAUUCAGAUUGUAUGAUUAAAUCAUAAAUAAAUCCUAAAAAAAAAAAA